GCGCCCCCGCGGUUCGCUUCGCUCGCGAUUUAUAGAUUGUAUGUUCUACCGAGAGCAGUGCUCGGCUCGCUGGAAUGCUCGUCGCUGGGCCCGCCUCCGCAAAUACCGCGCGGCCCUGCUUCGCGGGCAAUUUGCUGCGGCUACGCUCCUCACAACCGCUCACCUGAUCGACCACUGACUGACUCAGCCCCGUCUCUCGAA